AUGGAUCUCCCAGACCUCAACUUCACUCCACCUGCAGAAGAUGUGGAUGAAAUGGAUGAAAAUGCAGAAAAUGAAAUGGAAGGACAUGUAGGAGAUGAUAUGGAAGGAGAUGCCGGAGAGGGAAUGGAAGGAGAUGAAAUUGUUCAAAAUCCAGGUGCUGGGCAAGUUGGUAGAAAAAAUAAAACCCUCAAUGACCAGCAAAAAUUUGCUGCUUAUGUAGCAUUGCAUACACUGUGUAUGAGUAGAGGAGGCACUUUUAAGAAAACUGAUACGCAAGAUAUUGCAAAUUUUUUUGGAGUGGGUGUUUGGAAUAUACAAAGAAUUUGGAGGAAAGCAAUGUUGCAAAUUCAACAAGGUCAAGAGGUAGAUGUUGCCGAUCAGAGAAAAGGAAAUUCUGGAAGAAAGCCUAAGGACAUUAACCUAGAAAAAAUCCUAACAAUCCCAUUAAACAGGAGGUCUACUAUUAGAUCACUAGCCUGGCAACUGGGAUGUAGCCCUACCACACUUCAUAGAAAGUUCAUGCUAAAUUUGAUUAGGAGGCAUAGAGAAAGUCUUGCCAGCGAUACAAGCAGUUUGGCCGGAAAGUGAUGCUGGACAGACCAUCUACAUUCAGCAGGAUAAUGCUAAGCCCCAUAUCUUGCCAGAUGACCAGGAAUUUCUAGCAGUUGUCGCAAAAACUGGACUUGACAUUAGAUUAGUACAACAGCCUGCCAACAGUCCUGAUUUGAAUGUGCUUGACCUUGGGUUUUUCAACUCGCUGCAAUUGCUGACAGAUUGUCUGAGUCCUAAAACACUACAAGACCUUAUUGCAGGUGUUUUGGAGGAAUUUGAAGGCUAUGAUGUUUACAAGCUCAACAGAAUUUUCCUAACUCUACAAAUGUGCAUGAUUGAGAUCAUGAACCAUGCGGGGGGAAAUGGGUAUAAAAUACCACAUGUUAACAAGGAAAGGCUUGAGGGUCUUGGCCAGCUACCUCCAAGACUAACAUGCCCGAAAGAGGUUUACACGAAUGCCCUAUACAACUUAGAGGUAAUGGGGAGGGUUCAGUGAUGAGGCUUGUUCGGAUGCUUGAGAUGAGGCU